AUGACCAUCAUGAACUACUUCCCCCUGUUCUUCCUCUACUGCAUAAUGCCCCUAGCAUUUGGCAAUGUGGAAAUACAUUCAGGUCCUUCAACCAGUAUUCUGCAUUCUUCCCUUAAAGACAGAAACGGGUCCAUAACAGUGUCAGUGAAAGCAGAACACGAACACCCUUUAUCUAGAAAGUUUUUGUUGCGUGGUUCUUGCACAAACAGAGACAUAAGCAUCUCACAAAGUAGAGAGUCAACAUCUGGAAUCCCACUGUAUGUUGUGCAAAUAGUCAAUACCUGUGUUUCUGAGUGUGCUCCAUACGACAUCCACCUCCACUGUGGCUGGUUUGCUUCUGCAAGAAUAAUCAACCCCAGAUUGUUCAAGAGGCUCUCCUAUGAUGAUUGUUUGGUGAAUGGAGGGAAACCUUUAGCUUCUAGUCAGAUCAUCAGAUUCACUUAUUCCAAUUCCUUUAUGUAUCCUCUUGCAUUCAAGUCAGCCAAAUUUUGUUGA